UGAUCGCUCUGCCUCACUUCGUUUCCAAAGGCGGCGAGUGAGAGAGGGGUCGAGCACCGGACGAGGAGGAGGAAGAAGAAGGAGAGAAGAGAUGCCGGCCACAGCGACGGUGAUUGGAGCCCUUCUGGGGUUAAGCACGCAGAUGUACUCCAACGCCCUCCGCAAGCUUCCCUACAUGCGCCAUCCAUGGGAGCACGUGCUGGGGAUGGGGCUGGGGGCCAUCUUCGUUACCCAGCUCGUAAAGUACGACGAGAAGCUCAAGGAGGACCUCGACAAGAUGCUUGAUAAGGCCAAGGCUGCCAACGAACGCAGAUACUUCGAUGAUGCGGAUGAUUAACACUUUGAGUAUUACAACAUGUCAAGUGCUUCAUCUGCCUGCUUGGAGUCUUUUAUGAGGGUUUUAGUUCUAUCAAUAUAUGCUUUUAAGUUGUGUCUUGAAAGUUGUUUGGAAUAAGUUUUGCAGCAUUUUCUGGCCAGACAGUUAAGCUGGAAGAUUAUUAUUUCUCCCAAGAAAUUUCACUUUCCUGAUACUGAAGGUGUGUGUUGAUUUCUACCAAUUAAUUAAUUGUACUUUUGCACAAAUUCUGACGGAUAUAUGAACCUUUUCUUCCA